UCACUGGAAAAUGAGCUGCGAGGACUAGACCAGGUUUACCGAUCUAUUUUCUCUAUUAGUGAGGACUACGACCAAAGAUGUUGAAGAUUUUCCUUUUUUCGAAAACUAGAUGAGCCGCUUGGUGUUCAAGAACGUUUGAUGCUUCGGGCGUGUACCUGUAGUUUACACUCUGGAACCGUCUUUUCAAUCUAAUAUACACGGUUCCUGCUUGGAGGUAUUGGUGAUUCAAUGCUUCUAGACACGGAAGCCUGUUAGGCGAAAGCUUAUUUUUUCUGUCUACAACCAUUUGAACCAUUUAGAUGACUUAUCAAGGUCGUCUGGUAUUUGAGCUAUCCUUGCUCGAUUGUUACGCCUAGCUUCCGUUUUGCAAAAGUCAGUCCAGCAUCGGAUUUUGGUUAAUUCGUCCAACGCUCGUAUUUCUUUUGAUUUUUAACCACAAAAAUAUUUGGGACUUCGGUUCUUAACUAACAACCAAUCAUCUGUUACAUUAUGAACUAUUAUGAGCUCAACAUUGAGGUAAGUGACUCACAAUGGGUGGAUGUAGACAGAACUUCGGUCUCGAUUUUCUGUAGAGCCUACUGAGUAGGGUUGUGCCAUACGUUGACGAUAAUUUGCACUUAUCAUCCAUUACGUCAUGGUUGGUCACGUAAAAGCAUCCUUCAUUAUCUGUUUAAGUUACAUGUUACCUAAACAUCUAUUCAAACCGAUAAGUGGGUAAGUUGGGAAGAAUGGUGAGAUCAUAAUUAGAGAUAUAUAAAGGAGCUUAGUUUUGGUAAAACAUAGGUUUCUGAGUGUACUGCACAACAGACCAACCAAAUUAUAGUAAGUGUCGAUGUUGAACACCUCAACAUAGCGGUGGGUUGAUUGCCAGAAAAUUUACCUAUCUAGUUGGUUUCAUAUUCUAAUCCUGCUACACUUACUUCAACUUGAGCUGCCGGGUGCCAUUAUUACUGCUAACAAGAAAUGUGUAAUUGCUGAGUACAUAAAAGAUAAACUUGCCCUUUUACAGAUUUGGUGGAUUCCUCAAGCAUAGGAAAGGUUGUUUACGAUGGCAGUGAGUUGGCUGUUUUGAGCUCGUUGUUUGAUAAAACUUCUAAGUAUGGGCAUGCAAAGUUAAAAAUAUUCAUUCGGAAUCUCAAUUUACCCCCAUCACAUCCCAUACGUAAAAGUCUUUGGUCACAGCUUUUAUCCACCAAAUAUUCCAUUAAUUUACAGAUUUCCGACUCAAGCAUCCAUAGUAAUGAUAUUUUAACAACCAGUGUUACAAACAUUGAUGGUUCAUCAUUAUUGGCUGGUUACGAGUUUUCCAAUCAAAUGUUAUUGCCAACUUUUUUCUUAAAUACACUUGGUCAAAAUUGUUUACGGACAAUAUUACAUAAUAUUUUUAUUGACCGCCCGGAACUUGUUUAUGCUCCACAACUAUGGCCGUUGACAGCAUUAUUUCUACACUAUAUGCCUAUUACAGUUGUACGUAAAUGUAUACUCACUUUAUUGGAUCAACCUGGUAUUUUAAUUCAAACAAAAUCUGAUUGGAAAGAACAUUGUUUAUCAUUAGAAGAGUUGGCCUAUUUAUGUAAUCUUUUACGAAGAGAUAGUCAGAAACGUACCAUAUUGAUGACUUCCAAAUCAAAUGAGAAAAAUGUUAGUGCCACCUGUAAAGAAGAUGAAAGACGACUUCAGUUGGCCCGUUGGUGUUUAUUACUGUGGAAGUUACCUUUCGAACAUCUUGUUUGUUUAAUUGAUAGCUUUUUGUUAGAAGGACCGAAAGUGUUCUAUCGUGCUGGUUUAGUUAUUCUUAAAGCCUCCUUAAGUGGAAAGUAUUCAAAGAUUAGCAGUGAAACCAAUGGAAUCGGGAGGAAUGUUGGUGAUUAUUCUCAUGGGUUUGUGUAUGAUGAAGAAAUAUUCAAACAUAUCCCAUUGACACCAUCAAAGCUAAUGAGAAAAAUGUUCUCACUGCGUGGUGUGAGUCGGAUGAAAAUUUCUCAGGCAAUCAAAAGUGUUCAGUCUCUCCAAGUGAAUUUUGAUGUUGACAAACAGCUAAUUCAACCAUGUAAUAAAAGCGGAAAGAAUACAUUCGCUGCUUACUUACUUGGUGGUGACGCUGAAAAACAAAUUCAUCCGUCUGAAUGUGUAUCGAGUAAUGAAUUAGCUUCAAUUAUCACAUCGAUUGAUGAUCGCAAAUAUUCCUGUUUAUUCAAACCGUAUCGAGUAUUUUCAUCUAAUGUAGAUGGUAAUAGCCUGCGUACAUUUUAUGCUAAGGCAGCAGAGACAGAAAAUCCUGCAACAAUUCUAUUGGUACGUAGUUUGUCAAGGAAUAGUAUUAUUGGAGCUUUUUGUUCAGAUAGAUGGCAACCUCGUGUUGAAUCUGUUUACUAUGGAAAUGGUUUAUGCUUUCUAUUUCGCAUUAAACCUGGUCCAUUUGUUAUAUAUAGGUGGAUCGGAUCAAGUUCUGAUGAUGAAAAGAUUAUACAUUCCAUACAACACCAACGUUUUCAACGAGCUUCAAAUAAUGGUAUAGAAAUUGGUGGCAGUAUAAGUAAGGGACCUCCAGGUUUAAGCUUGGAUAGUUGUCUCACAACGGCUUCAAGUGGUCCAACUCUAACUUUUUCUAAUCCUUGCUUGAUUACUGAUCCAGCUGAUUUAACACAAACAGUUCAGUGUGAAAAUGGACAAAUUGGUUGUAUGUUCACUGUUGGAUUGGUCGAACUAAUUGGUUUUCAUGAUCUCUAAACCGUUUGAAAUUGCAUAAAUUAUUGGAUUUAUCUUCAAAUCAUCUUAUGAUAUUUUUUUAAAAUAAAAUUUUUCUUGAUCUGUUUAUUUAUUACAUCAUUAGCCUGUUUUAUAUAUGCGUGUAUGAGAGAGAUAUUUAUAAUUCUUUUUUUUGUUUUUCCUAUUUGUUUAUUAUCGGUCUUUGUAUAACAUAUAUUUAUGUAGUUGUAGACAAAUACAUUUGGGCAACUAACUACCUAUUUAACUAUGAUCUGUGUUAAAUGAAAACAUUCCUAUGCGAAAAAUACACAACACAAAUGAUAAUGAUUAUGUAUAUUCAUUUCUUUAAUUUUCUAUUACUACUUCUGCUACUACUAUUACUAUUACUACCGCUAAUAUUCUCAUUAAAACCUAAAUGAUGUGCAAUUUAUUGUCUUUUUAUUGUCAAUCCUGUGCAAAACUCAUUUAUUUUAUUAUUUGUUUGUUUUUCUCUAGUCAUAUUCUCUUGCUCAAUCAUACCAAUACUUAUUUACUUGUUAAUAUUUAUUCAAACUAAGAAAAAUAACUGAUUUAUUUACUACUUAAUAGAAAUUUAUUUUAUUUGGAGUUUUGCAAACUUCUGUUUCUCAGUCAUUAAAAAUGAAUAAAUACAUAUAUGUUUAUUUUUAA